UUUAAACCUAAAAAUUUGGCGCUCUUCUCUUCUCAGAUGACACCGGAAAAUCUCCUCCAUCUUCUUCAAUCCUCCCAGAAGUGCACUUUCGGAUGUCCGAUCCUCGACCGCUGCGCCGGCGGCGGCGUCCCCUGCAAUUCCCUCACCGAAAUCGUCGCUGAGAGCGGCUCCGGCAAGACCCAACUCUGCCUCCAACUCUCCCUCUGCGCCCAGCUCCCCCUCUCCAAUGGCGGCCUUAAUGCCUCCUCUCUCUAYAUCCACACCGAGUUCCCUUUCCCYCUCCGCCGUCUCCAGCAGCUUUCCCGCGCAUUUUGUUCCUCUUACCCCCAAUUCUCCAACACAAACCCCUCCGAUCAUAUUUUUGUGGAGSCCGUUCACUCCGCCGACCAACUGUUCGACAUAAUGCCCAAGAUAGAAUCGUUUCUUGCCAAUCGCGAUUCGCAGUUUCCCACCAGGCUUAUUGUGAUCGAUUCGAUCGCGGCGUUGUUUCGGUCUGAUUUCGAGAACACCCCGUCCGAUCUCAAGCGAAGAUCGGCUCUGUUUUUCAAGAUUUCUGGGAAAUUGAAGUUGCUGGCAAAGAGGUAUUCUUUGGCCGUGGUGUUGACGAACCAGGUGGUCGAUUUGAUGGGUUCUUCUGAUGGGAUAAAUGCUAUGAGAAUUGGGAAUUUGAGGUAUCUUUGUUCGUCGGGAAGACAGGUUUGCCCCGCGCUCGGGCUUGCGUGGGCUAAUUGUGUUAAUUCAAGAUUGUUUUUGUCAAGAAAUGAGGAAGUUAUUCAAGAGGGCAAUAGCAUGAUAAAUGGCAGUGAAGUAGCUCAAAGAAAAACUAGAAGGUGGCUUCAUGUUGUUUUCUCACCCCAUUUGCCUAAAUCAUCUUGUGAGUACAUAAUCAGUAGAGAAGGAGUUGUAGGAGUUGAAAGCCAGUGACCCCUUCUUAAGAUUUUAACAAGGAUUGAAGUUAUGAAGUCUGAGGUUUGAAAGCCUAAGUUAGUAUGUAUAAUCUAUAUUUUGAUUGUGUGAAGGAAUGAGUUAUAGAAACUUGGAUUUGUGCAACUUGUGUUUGAUUGAAGAGUUAGAGAAUUUGUAAAAAUUGGUAUAUGGUAUAAAAAGAGAAGCCCAAGAAUUAGCAACUCUGUGGUUUCUUCGUGACUAUUGUAAUCAUGACUUAUAAAUUUUUGGCAAUUGGGAACUUUUUUUGUAGUCCUUUUGGCACAGUGGAUAUAGCUCAUCUCUCCCUUUUUCUGUUAAUCUCUUUUCAAGAAAAUGGUUCGUUCA